CUUAUAUAGCACUUUGUCCGAUUAUUCGUGAGCUGGCCCACUCCACCAUUAGCCAACACGAUCACAGCAUGGAAAAGCCAAUACCAGAACAAGCUCCCUCAGUUCAGCCCCCGGAUCAGGGGGGAAGGAGGCGGGUCCGCAAAAACCACUUCUUAGGAAUCUUCUUUGUACUCCUCGCCGGUUCAAUAUCAUUCGGAGGUUUUCAUCUGAGGGAUAACAUUCAUGGGUGUGGAAGGUUGCAUUGGCCAAUUGAAAAACGGGUAGAAAAUAUUCUUCGGUUUACACCCUUGAUUGAUGGACACAAUGAUCUACCCUUUAAGAUAAGGGUUCUUUUCGCGAAUCAGAUUUACAACGACAAUUUUACCUUUGACACUUCAUUGCCGUCCCAGGUUGACCUUCCGAGAUUACGGAAGGGACGUGUUGGGGGUACCUUCUGGAGCGUGUUCGUUCCAUGUCCCGACACUAAGGGAAUAGACGAUAAAGUCUACUACCCAAGUGUGCAAAUCACUUUACAACAAAUUGACCUGGUCCACCGCCUAGCCGAUGCAUACCCCGACCUCGCUCUAACGUCUUCUCCCCUCGCCGCAAGACACGCACAUUACCGUGGCAAGAUCGCCUCGGUAAUGGGUGCUGAAGGCCUGCACCAAAUUGGCAACUCGGCCUCUAACCUUCGCCUCUAUCACUCCCUCGGAGUCCGCUACGUGACGUUAACACACAACUGUAACAACAAAUACGCCGACAGCGCACUUCCUGUGAACAAUACUCUCUGGGGAGGCCUAAGCGAUGACGGCAAAGAUAUCAUCAAGGAGAUGAAUCGUCUGGGCAUGAUCGUCGACCUCUCGCAUACCUCGCACGACACACAGAUGGAUACGCUCAAGGUUACCGGCGCGCCCGUGAUCUACAGCCAUUCCUCCGCAUACGCUGUCUGCGACCACCCCCGCAACGUCAAGGACGAAGCGCUGGAGAAGGUCAAGGAGAACAACGGCGUAGUGAUGGUGAACUUUUACCCAGCGUUCGUCAAGUGCGAUGGCGGCGAGGCGAGAUUGGAAGACGUAGCUGAUCACGUGGAGUACAUUGGCAAGAAGAUUGGCUGGGAACAUGUUGGUAUUGGUUCGGAUUUCGAUGGAAUUGAGAAGGUUCCGGUGGGACUGGAGGAUGUCUCCAAGUAUCCAAAGUUGUUUGAGGAGUUACUGAGGAGAGGGGUCACGGAUCGCCAGGCUAGCAUGAUUGCGGGGGAGAAUGUAUUGAGGGUUUGGAAGGAUGUGGAGGAGGUCUCUCGAAAGAUGAACAGGGAGGGUGUUAAGCCCCUAGAAGACCAGGUGCAUAAGACCUUGCCGCUCUAGAACGUGAUUGAUAAUAGAGGCCUUCUCUUACAAAUGA